ACAAUCAUUAAUAUCGAAGUGCAUCAAAGAGUGAUGGAUCUGAAGGAUAUUGAUGGAGAAGAAAAGGGAAAGAUUACUGAUCUUAUGAGCAUUGACGCACAAAAAGUUUCAUCAAUGAAAUAUAAAAAUACUCAUGAAAAUCUCAUGGAGGCAACUGAUAAACGUCUAGAGGUGACAAACGAGUUAUUACAAUCUAUUCGAGAUGUCAAACUAUUUGCAAGUGAAGACCAUUUUCUUAAAAAUAUUACGGAUGCUCGUAAUUUCGAGUUAAAUCAACUCAAAGAUCGUAUGAGAAAGUCUAUCUAUAUGGGGAUUUUAUGUACUAUUCUGCCUUUCCUUAUGAUUUUACCUACAUUCGCCAAUCAUAAAUUGACUGCCCCUAUUGCCUUUGCAGCUAUUACUGUAUAUGUCAAUCUUCAUAACGCUUUUGAUAAUUUGCCAUAUCAGAUUAUUUGCUUUAUUCAAGCCCAUGUUUCAAUUUCUCGAGUUGAAAAGUUUCUCAAAGUAUCGGAAAUUGUUCAAAAUUACUCUUCUAGAAACGAUGGAACUAUCGGGUUUAAAAAAGCUACUCUGCAAUGGCCAAAUAAUUCAAAUAACUUCAAAUUAAAAGAGCUGGACGUCAUUUUUCCUCCAGGAAAGCUAUCAUUAAUCCACGGUCCGACCGGUUGUGGAAAGUCUGCCUUAUUGAAAGCACUUCUGGGAGAAAUGAAAUGUCUGGAUGGUUCUGUACAUUUUCCAAAUGAAGUUGAUAUUGCAUACGUUUCCCAAACUGCAUGGCUUCAAAAUGGAACUAUUAGAAAUAAUAUUCUAUUUGGCUCGGAUUUCAUUGCUGAAAGAUAUUCUGAAGUUAAAAGUAUAUGUGAUCUUACUUUUGAUGAUGAAGCAGAAAUUGGAGAAAGAGGAAUUACACUAAGUGAUGGCCAGAAGCAACGAAUCGCUUUAGCAAGAGCUAUUUAUUCAAAUCAUAAUAUUAUGAUUUUGGACAAUUGCUUAUCUGCUGUUGAUUCAUGCACAGAAAAAUAUAUAUAUGAAAAAUGCUUAAGGAGUAGCUUGAUGAAAAAUAGAACCCGUAUUUUUGUUACGCAUCACGAAAACUUUUAUGGUGCUGCUCUAAAAGUUUUUAUGAAGGAUGGUAUGAUAAUAAAUAAAAAAGAAUAUUUGGAAACAGAGGAAUUACAUUCAAAUUUCAAAGAGGAUGAAUAUAUAAAGCUACCGGAUAUCAAAUACGAUAACAAAUUGUUUAAAGAAGAAGUAAAGGCUAAGGGCCGGGUCAAAUUGGGUGCCUAUGUGACCUAUUUGAAUUCUUCUAAAUUUUAUUGGCUAUUUAUAAUUAUUUUAGUUGCACGUUUCGUUCAAACUCUUCAAGACUUCUUGAUCCGUGAAUGGACAAAAGUUUACGAUAAUAAAGAUCCUAAUUUCUUCACUAAUAAUAUCACACAUAAAUCCAGAAAUGACGAUAAUUAUUUUAUUUUUUAUGCGUCUUUAGGAUUUUUAGAAAUUUUUUUAACGCUCCUUGGAUCAUACUUAACGAUAAAGUUCGCUUUAAAACCUUCAAAGAAAUUACAUAAAAAUUUGUUAAAAAAUAUUUUAUUUGCUAAGAUCAAGUUUUACGAUACAACUCCGAUAGGCCUAGAAGCAAUUAAUAGAUCUUCAAUAUAUGCUGCAUUCGACAAUACUAUUGAAGGUAGAUCCAUCAUACGAACAUUUGGUGCCAGAGAAAGAUUUUAUAAAAAUCUAAGAGACCUAAUGGAUUGUUAUAAUAGACCAAUUUUAAUGAAUUGGGCAUGCAAUCAAUGGAUGCAUGAAAAAGAUUUGAAUACAAAUGAGAGUCCUCCAGAAUGGCCUGCAAAAGGUAAAAUUGAAGUAGAAAACCUUGGAGUGAAAUAUUCCAAUAAUGGCCCUACUGUAUUAAGAAAUAUUUCAUUUAAAAUUUCUGCUGGAGAAAAAAUUGGAAUUGUUGGUAGAACUGGAUCUGGAAAGUCUACACUAGUUAAAUCUAUUUUUAGAAUUAUGAACCCGACUGAUGGUCAAAUAAAGAUUGAUGGGACUGAUAUUUCGACUAUUAAUUUGUCUUGUUUAAGAAAGAAAAUUACCAUAAUACCUCAGAAUCCAAAACUAUUUAAUGGGACCUUAAGAAGUAAUAUUGACUUUUCUGGUGAACAUACUGAUCAUGAAUUAUGGGAGGUGCUUCGGAAAGCGCGUUUGGUUGAAGGGCAUACUUCCACUAAUCAAGAAAGUAACAGGAACGUUAAUCUAUUAACGCUAGAUACGAUUAUCAGGGAAGGGGGUUGCAAUCUAAGCCAUGGCCAACAGCAAUUAAUUAUGUUGGCUAGAGCAUUUAUAAAUAAAUCCAAAGUUAUUAUUUUAGAUGAAGCAACUGCAAAUGUAGAUCUUGAAACUGACUUAAAAAUCCAGGAAACAAUACGUGAAGAAUUCAAAGAUUCGACUUUACUAUGUAUCACGCAUCGCUUGAAGACGGUUAUUAAUUAUGACAGAAUUUUAGUGUUGGAUUCUGGGUAUAUCGUGGAAUCCGGUCAUCCACGUGAACUAUUACAAGAUCGAGAAUCUAUGUUUAAACAGAUGUGUAUGCAAAGUAUGCAAAGUAAAGAGUUCAAUGAUUUAUUGUUAAAUAUGGAUUAA